UAUCAGCAGAACAUCAGUUAUUCCAGCGGUGUUGUAACACCUUCCUCAUGGCAGUUGUUUCUAAUCUGUGCUUCGGAGGAGACACGGCUCCUGAGGAUGCUGUCAUUGAAAGGAUCCUGACUUACAUCACAAGGAAGACAUCAUCACAAGGACUCAGUGCCUCAGAAAGACUACAGACAAAGCAGAUGACAGUGUUUGAUGAUCUGGUUGAUCCCACUCCAGUGGUGAGAUCGUUUCUGCUGAAGCUGCUCAUACACAAGAGUGAUGACCAUGUUCAGCAACAUCUUGAAGGCUUCCUCGAACAAGCUGAAAAACUUCGGUACCAACAGACUUUGAACUCUGGCAUCCUGCAGUUUAUUGUUAUGGUCACUCAGUGCCUUGAGGAUCAGCUUCAUGAAACUGCAGCUAUGAAAGAUUUUGACAAUGAGAUGAAGAUGGCAACUAAAUCUCUCAGUAUUGCAUAUCAGUACAUCGAGAGUGCAAAUAUUGAUAUGGUCAAAUUACGGAACAUUGCAAAUGCAAGAUUUGGUUUGAUGACAGUAGCCAAGUAUCUUCACAUGCUUGUAAUUGAAGAAUCAAUUAUGAAAUCAUCAGUAUUCACAAAAAUGCUCUCACAAGCCAGGGACUUGAUUGAAAUAGAAAACUUUGAUUGGCCAAAGAAGUUUCUCCUCAAGCAACUGUGCAGGGAAUUUGGAACAGACAGCUACCACAGAAUUUGUCAGUCGGGUAAAACACCAUGGCUCUCUAUAGAGGAGCCAACUGAAAAGGUGAAGGAAUGUCCAGAUAGAUAUGUGGUUUGUUCUUUACACUAUCAGAAGAUUCGCGACAUGGUGGCUAAAACACUUCUUGGGGAAGAUGUGACUCACCUGGAAUCCAUCAUGACUGAAAUGGCUAGUCCAUUGAAUCAGAUGCAUCUGAUCCUAGCCAUCCACCAUGAAGUCACUUUGAAAUAUGUUCAACCUGAUGUCCAACAAGACCAAGCCUUGGCCAAAGCUGUGGAAAAUCUUGACAUAUUUGCAGACAGUACAGAAAGUAUAAGCAAUAUUGAUCUGCACAAGCUGCUACAGAAUCGCUUUGGACAACGAACUCAUCUGCUGAACUUCCAGCCAGGACAAAGUCUGAGAGAUCAGAGCAUCCUCUGCAUGCUGUUUCACUUUUCUCUUGUUCUGAGAAACUGCCAGAAAAAGAAGAAUUUCUUACAUCCACUGAUCACCAUGGCUACAAAUCCAGCUCUUUUCACUGAUACACUAUUGCCAACAAUGCCACAAGAUGACGUCGAAAAGAUGAAGCAGGUUAUUUUGGAAAAUAUUGAAAAGGACCAUCAAUGGAAAAAUGUGGUGGUGUAUCGCUGUCCCAAUGGUCAUCCAUACUUUAUUAUUGACUGUGGUCGGCCAACUACAGAUGGCAGAUGCCUUGAUUGUGGUUUAAGAGUAGGAGGAGUUGGCAACAAACUAGCUGAUGGAAAUGUUGAAGAUCCUGGAAUUGAUCAAACAAAGACUGGUCAUAUUUUGGGAGAUGCCAACCAGAGACCAAACAUCUCAACAUCAGAACGUAAACUGAGUGGUCAAGCUUGUACCUUACUCAGACUGCUUACUCAUGCAGCUCUACUCCUUGGCUGUGAUGUCAACUCACGGGCUGUUUCAUCAAUGGUGCAACCAGUUGUACAAGAUGUGUCUCAGUUUUUUUGGAACCAUAUUCAGAAAGAUAUAGAUCAACUUCAUAGAUGUGUGGGGAAAAGUGUGGAUGACGUUUUUCUGAUAAUUCAUUUCAUUUUUCACCAAAUAUCUGACGGAACUCGAGGAGUUGAUACUCCACAGAAUCCAGUGACUCUGUCAACAAAAGAAGAAAGAGAAAACUGGGAAGUAGAAUUUACUAGCACAUUUAUUUCUCCAGUCUUACAGGAUCUAGACAACUUGCUGCAAAUGCUGAAUGACAAAAUUAUUAAAGACGAUAGAUUUGGGCAAGACAAACUGCUGAACAUCCUCUAUGAAGUUGACACAACACAUGGUCAGUCGAUAGAAAAUCUUCACAACAUUCCUGAUGUCUGGCGUUACCGUUCACGCAUCACCCUGGAUCAUUUUCUGAGAGAAUUCCAGCUUCAGAUGGAAAAUGCCAAGAAAAAAAAUUGCAAUCUGGUCUUGAGAUUGUUUCAGUCAGAGAACUAUUACCUUCAGGCCAUGCAGUACAUACCAAGUAUUCUGACUCUGCAGCACCACUUGAUGUUGAGAUAUCGACGUAGACUCGACAGAUCUGAGGCUUACAAAAUUACCAUUAAAGACAUCAUCAAAACUGAAAGUCACAGUGUCAACAUGCAAGAACUUUUUGAUGACUUUGCUGCAGCUUGGGAAUGUGUCAAAGAAAAACUUUUGGAUUAUGGAUGUUGGAGUCUGCAUGGUGGACUAGUCAGACUUCCACAGGAAUUCAGGAAUGUGAAGAUAACACCUGACUCUCAGCUUGCCAUCCUGUUACCAUCGACGACUGGUCCAGGACUCUGUUCUUACAUUCUCUUGGAGUUCCUUCUCAGAAAACACAAUGAGUUUCUAGAUCGCUACUGUGCAGUUACCCAACAAAGUGGUGUACCUGAGGUUCCAGUAAAAGACCUGAAGGCAAAUCAUCUCGUUUGUUACCAUCCAGACAAAGACCUGUUGCCAUUGGUGCUCGCCAACUGCAACUAUUCUUUUAAGCUUGGUGAGGGAACUAAAGUGGAGUAUGACUUUGAUGGUUUUGAACACCAGCUUAAAGAAAGGUUGUUGCAAGCUAAAUCAAAAGUGCACCAGCAGAGUGGAAUUAUUCCUCUGGAAACCAUGUUGUACCGUGCAGACACAGCCAGUGCUCUUGUGUUUGAAACACUACGCAACAAAGUGAAACAGGAAGCCCUGAGUCCAACUGUUCGGCUUCAGGUCAGUGCAGAACUUCGCGCCAGUCUUCCAGAUAUCUGUGAUUCGAUAGACAACCUUGACAUUGCUGUGUGUUUCCUCAAGUCUCUUGGAGAUGAUGGGUCACAGUCUCUACAGCAGUUUAUGACUGACGUGCUUAAAAUGAAGCAAACUAUUGCAAGUCAGAAGGCUCGACAAAUGUGCAGAUUUAAGCAUGUUCAGAGUCUGUGGCUUCUUCUGAAUUUGGAAAAAUCUCAAGUUCUUGCAACACAUAACCAGGAUGCUUUUGACAACUUGGGUCCAGAUAUGAGGAAGAAGCUGUCUGAUGCCCAGACAAACAGUCUAGUUCGGUUCUGCCGACAUCAAAUACUGAACAAGCUGGAAUUUGUCCUCCAGGAAAUCUUUGAUUGCAUUCUGCUGAGGAUUGCACAGCCACAAGCUCAUUACGAUGAAGAUACUAGAGACCAGAAAGAUAUGAGUUUACGGGACAUAAUGCUUGGUAACAUUGACAGUCCUCUAUAUGAUUUGGAUUCUGUUGAGAAAUCUGUUAUGGAAGACAUCACAGACUUCCCAGAUGACAUCAAAGGCAGUCAAGCAACAGAGGCUUGGCUCACAGUUUAUAAAGAAAUAGAGGACAUGAGAAGACAAACUCUAUAGAGAAUUUUCACACUUGUGUUUUAUUAACUUAGAAGACCAAUGCUUGGAAUAUAUCCUGUGAAGUAAUGUGUAUCCUGUGAAAUAGUGUGUAAUCUUGUGAUAAAAUGUGCAUCCUGUGAACUAUUUGUAUUCUGCAUCCUGUGAAAUAUUUGUAUGACAUGUUUUACAUUGUAUAUAAAAUAAUAUGUGUAUCCUAUAAAAUAUUAUAUAUUUUCUGUGAAAUAUGUGCAUUUCCUGUUGUAGAUAUUAGUACAUCACAACAACUGUGAUAACAAUUGAUGAUGAAACUGGAAUAAUAGAUAGUUUAUAACCACAGUAAUUGUGCAGUUAACAGAGUAAAUAUAUUAGUAAAAAAAUUAUGAUUUUGGAGUAGUACAGAUCAGUGUGAUAGU